UGAGCAGAAUGGGCUCGGACUUGACUUUCUCCUCUCGCCGGUCUCCUGUGGUGUGUUUACACGGCUGCGUGGCCUCCAGUCAGCCUUUGGCUUCCACCGUGGGACUGGAUGUCCUUAAACGUGGUGGAAAUGCUGCAGAUGCUGCAGUUGCAGUAGCAGCAGCUCUCGCAGUAACCGAGCCAUGCAGCACCGGACUUGGUGGCGAUGCUUUCUGCCUGUUCUACGAUGGACACACUGGAGAGAUCAGAGGGAUUAAUGGCAGUGGUCGUUCACCCCAAGCUCUGACCCUAGACUUGUUAGAAGGACGUGGUCACACAGAAAAGGCCCCUCCUUCAGUGUUUGAUGCUUUGAAUGUUACAGUACCUGGGGCUCCUGCAUGCUGGUGUGAUGCUGUGCAGUUGUUUGGAAGUCAAAAGCUGUCCUUGCAGGAGGUUCUGGGUGGGGCAGUGGAGCUGGCAGAGGAGGGGUUUCCUGUUGCUGUGGUAACAGCACACCACUGGGAGAACUGGACAACGGUUCUGAGGAGUAAUGGGAAGGACUUAGGUGAGGACUUGCUGAUUGACGGUCACGCACCCAGAUGUGGACAAGUUUUCAAAAACACGUCAUUGGCUCAAACCAUAAAGGAGCUUGGUGAGCAUGGCAAGCCAGCUUUCUACCAGGGCAGAGUGGCCCAAGCCAUUGUCGAUGUCGUUAAUGAGAAUGGAGGUGUCAUGACUCUGGAGGACCUCAGCAGCCAUGAUAGUGAGGUCAUCACCCCUAUAAGCACAACAUAUAAGUGUGUGCGUCUGUGGGAGCUUCCUCCCAACAGUCAAGGACUGGUUGCCCUGCUCCUCCUCAACAUCCUGGAAAACUUUCCUCAGCUCAAAGCUGGAGGCCAUAACAGUUCUGACUAUAUCCAUGUAUUUGUGGAGGCUGUGCGUUUGGCACAAACAGAUGCUUUUCGUUACCUGGGCGACCCGGCUCAUGCAACCAUCCCUUUGGACAACUUACUGGAUAAGAGCUACAGCCACCAACAAGCGCAGCACAUCAGCAUGGACAGGGCCAUGAAGUGUGUGCAGCCUGGCUUGACAACAGGAAGUGACACGGUCUAUUUCUGUGUGAUUGACAGCCAGGGCAACGCUUGUUCAUUUGUGAACAGCACCUAUAUGGGCUUUGGAACCGGUCUAGUCCCCAAAGACUGUGGAUUCUCACUACAGAAUCGCGGUGCCAACUUUUCUUUGUGCCGUGAACACAUUAACUGUGUUGCCGGAGGAAAGAGGCCAUAUCACACUAUAAUACCUGCACUUCUGACUGACUCUUCUACCAAACCACAAAAGCCACGACUGCUUGCUGCCUUUGGGGUGAUGGGGGCUUUCAUGCAACCACAAGGACACAUCCAGGUCCUCUUGAACAUGAUGGAGUUUGGGAUGAAUCCUCAGCAGGCUGUAGAUGCACCAAGAGUCUUUGUGCAGUAUGAUCCUAAAGCUGAUGAGUGGCUGGUUAAUUUAGAGGAGGGCAUUGACCAGGAGGUAGCUGUGGAGCUGAGAAGACGGGGCCACACAGUCACCUGGCCAGUCACAGGACCUGGGCGGUCCCAGUUUGGGCGGGGACAGAUUAUCACGGUGGGAGACUGGUGGAAUUUAUUCAACACUCAAGGCGGCUCUCCAUCCAGGGUCUUGUGGGCGGGAUCGGACCCCAGAGCAGACGGAUGUGCUCAGGGUUACUAA